GUGGCCCCCGAGUUGAUGGAAUAUAUAUAUUUUUCCCUUUCCGGAAACACUAUCACCAAUAUUCAUCGGGAGGAACAACAUAAUGGACACCAACAAAGUGAAUGAACUGCAAAAGCAGCUGUCCGACUCUGUGAUCUUGACUCCAGAAUCCCCAGACUAUCCUGCUGCAAUCAAGCGAUGGUCUGAUGCCGCCGAAAAAGAAGCUGGCGCCAUCGUCAUUCCUGCAACAGACCAGGACGUUUCCAGCACCGUCUACUUUGCUGCGAAAUACAAUGUCGACCUCGCCAUUGUCAGUGGAGGCCAUGCGACCUCUGGUGCUAGUUCGACCAACGGAGGGAUCGUCGUAGAUCUCUCCAAAAUGCGAAAUGUCACUGUCGAUCCGGUCAACCAAACUCUCGUCGUCCAAGGUGGUGCGCUGUGGGCAGAUGUCGACAAAGCAGCAGGAGAACAUGGACUGGCUACUGUUGGAGGCGUCGUGAAUCACACUGGAGUGGGAGGACUGACACUGGGCGGAGGAUAUGGGUGGUUAACUGGACAAUAUGGACUGGUCAUCGACAACCUCCUCGCGGUCAAGAUAGCCCUGGCAGACGGUCGGAUCUUGACUGCGUCUGACACGGAAAAUUCCGAUCUAUUCUGGGCGAUACGAGGAGCAGGCCAUAACUUUGGUGUUGUCACUGAAUUCACCCUGCAGGCUUAUGAGCUGAAGGAUCCAGUCUACGCAGGUCUGCUGGGCUUCACUCCGGAUAAACUCGAGCAGGUGAUGGAAUUUGCGAGUACCCUCACUGAAAAUAGCUUGGACGGUCGAUCGGGAAUAUAUUGCUUCUUGGGAACACCCCCUGGGGCUUCCGAGCAAACCAUCAUGACGGAAAUCGUCUCCAACACAUCAGAGGAGGAAGGCAAAAGGCGCUAUGCACCUCUGUUCGACCUCAACCCGGUCAUGAAUACCGUGUCCAUGAUACCAUACCACCAAGUCAAUGGACUUUUGAAUGACAUUGCCAGCCAUGGAGGGAGAAAGAGCAUGAAGGGAUUCUCAUAUACAUCACCUGUGCGCCCUGAAUUUGCACGGACUGUGCUGGGGGAGCUAUCCUAUAUCGUCAAGUGUGACCCCGACAUGAUCAAGUCAUUUGUUGUCUUUGAAAACGUCCAAGUCGACAAAGUAGCUUCCAUUCCACGACAUGCAACGGCAUUCGCAAAUCGCGGUCAUGCCCGCAACGGAGGGGUGUGGAUGUGGUGGAGUGAUCCAAAGAACGACGACAAAGCUCGUCAGCAUGCGAGGUAUCUGAAAGACCUCAUCACAGAGGAGAUAGAGAAGCAUGCAGGUUGGGAUGUUGCGAUUUAUCCUAAUUUUGUUGAAACUGGCGAUCGAAGCCUCGAAGAGCUCUUUGGAGAUAACCUGGAUAGGCUGAAGAGCAUCAAAGCCAAGUACGAUCCACGCAAUGUGUUCAACAAGAUGCAUCCUCUCAGUGGGUAUUCGACGAACGUGCAAAACGGGUUCAUUAAGACUUCUAAUGGUAAUGCUUAGCUGGGGCGUUGUAGGGCCUACGUAUCAUGUAUGGUUACGAAUCAUUCAGAUAAUUUGAUGCCAUUGUAAUGAUCACUCUUGAACUACUUUCAUGAAAAUAGAC